ACAAGCAAUACAUUCAUCAUCAGAGGCAAGAAUCAACCAUCAUCAAGCAUGUCUGACCGAACCGCGGUAUAGGCAACCCAUUCGCUCCAGGCGAAAACCGCUCGACCCAGCUAUUUAGGAGCGACUUGGUGGCGCGCUACUCAUCUGCUCGCAGCUCGAGCUUCGUUAACAGGCUCACUUCUUAACGCCGCCUUUUAGAGUGGCAACGUAUCGGUAACCGGUAACAGGGGAACUUCACUGCCAGGUCACACGUUCACAUGCCGGUCAUUGGAGUUUUCCGUUGAUCUAUCCUACAUUUCUCGCUCAAGCGUCCGUUCAAUAUAGAUAUAAAUACAACCGUCUUGGACUCUGGCUGGGGGAUGUUGUAGGCUCGUGGCGUUAACAGGUAGGCGAGAUAAGCUUGUGUGCUCGUUCUGUGCCAACAAGGGAAGAGAGAGGCGGGUUGUGCUUGAAACCUACGAAAAGACAGCAAGAAAGGAAGAGUAGUUGCUGCAUAUGCUGUAGCUAAUGGGGAUCCUAAUAAACUAAACAGGUAUUCCACAUUCUCAUCAAUAUCGAUUUCCAGGUCGUAUUCUCUCCACGCAUCUGAUUGACCUUUGACGGACGUUUGAUUGGUGGAUGUAAUGCCCAUAUACAUCAUCGAUCGAAAAUUUCCAGAGACACCUGGUGAGUCGUUACAGCCAGCAGCUGAAGGAGUGUUGAGCAUGGUGGAGACCGUCCCCCCUAAGUCGGCUAAGAAGCCCCGCUGGACCUCCCUGGAGAUCGGCCUGCUCACCAUCGUCUCCCUCCUCUUCAUCGUCAUAGUGGCCCUCAUCAUCCUCUUCGCCACACAACGGACUGAUAGCGACGGUGUCUGCACCACGGCGGACUGCACUCAGUCAGCGUCUCGUCUGUUAGAGAACAUGGAUGCCAAUGUGGACCCAUGUGACAACUUCUACCAGUACGCCUGUGGAGGCUGGUUGAAGAAGAACGUCAUCCCAGAGACCAGCUCCCGAUACAGCACCUUCGACAUCCUACGGGACGAACUAGAGGUGGUCCUCAAAGGUGUUCUAGAGAGAAGCGUGAAGGGGGAGGCCAGUGCCCUCACUAAAGCCAAGACCCUCUACAGAUCCUGCACCAAUGAGAGUCAGAUUGAGAAAAGGGGCGGAGCUCCUUUACUAGACAUACUUCCUAAUGUGUUUGAGUGGCCAAUAGCAACAGACCACUGGGAGACUGUCUAUGGGAACACAUGGAAGUUGGAGGAUGCCAUUGCCAGACUAAAUGAGAAAUAUGGAACUCAAGUCUUGGUUAAUUUUUUUAUCGGCACUGAUGACAAAGACUCCAAUUCACACAUCAUUCACUUUGACCAGCAAACCAGCCUUGGUCUCUUAUCCAGAGAGCAUUAUACCUGCACUGGGCCCUACGCAGAGCCAUGUAGAGCAUAUGAACAGUUCAUGAUAGACGUGGCCAGGUUGAUCCGUACCGACCGCAGCCUAGAGGUCAACGAGACCCAAAUCAGAGAGGAGGUCACCAGGGUCAUUGAGCUGGAGAGGGAGAUCGCCAAC